UCAUUCCAACACUAUAGGAAUUGCUUCUUUAUUUAUCUCUUUAUUUAAAACGAAAGGGGUAUUUUGAGCCAUGGGCACCCAGGGAACAGUCCCCAAACAAACGCCCCUGAUUUGGGCUUGUCCUUCAGGAAGCCUUCCCUUCAUUGAUUUCUCUAAACAGCCUAAGUCCGGGCGCUUGUUGAUUUUUAUAAAAAUAACAUAUAGCUAGUUGUUCAUAGGCCCGGUUUUUAAAGAAGGACAAGCCUGAACUCACCAUCCUGCCUCAGGGCCUGAGCUCCAUACCUGGGGAGUAGACAGUCUUCCACUUUCUAACAAGCUGGACUUGAAGUCUGGAGUAAAUCGCUUGGUUGAGUGACAAGUGUUUCCUAGCUGAGCCCUUGGGGAGAUUCUCCAGUUGGGCAGGGGCACCCCUUCCCUAGAAGCCUGGUGGGCUGGACUCCUUUGGCUCAAUUCAAAGUGAGGGGGUGGCUCCUGCCAGGUGAGGAAGAGGGCUCUGACUUUCCCCUCCUGGGGUCUGUCUGUCCAUCGCUGGGAAUGGCCAGUUCCUGUUCCCUUUCUUUUUCCUUUUAAGCCUCCUGUUCCCCUCUUCUCUCUCUUCAUGAACUAAUCCAAGCCUUGGUUGCCGUCCCUCUGUCUCUGGCUCCUGCAUCUGUCUCAACUCCUGGCCUCCCUCUCUCCCUCUCCUCUCCUCCCCUCCCCUCCCCCGCUCUGUCAUUCAGCCCGCUCCUCUCCACGCACAGCCAAUGGAGAGACCCGGCCGAAAACGGCGAAGCUCGCUCGCACUGGGCUUUUUCGCCCGGUGAUUGAUGUCCCAGAGUCAACAGCGAGCGAACAGCCGAAGAGGGAAAGGAGAAGUCGGAGAGGGGAAGAAUACGACGCCCCUCUCUCCCUCCCCUCCCCCCACUUUAGCCCUUCUACGCACUUAGCCUCCAAGUCUCCGCGCAGCCAGGAGCCGCUGUUGCCUCCGCGUCCCUGCUCGCUGCCCCAGGAGCCAAGUGCAGCGAGCCCCGCCGCCCGGGCCCCCCCGUGGGGCCGGGGGCAGCAUGGAGCACCUGGGUCCACACCACCUCCACCCGGGCCACGCGGAGCCCAUCAGCUUUGGCAUCGACCAGAUCCUCAACAGCCCGGACCAGGGCGGCUGUAUGGGGCCCGCCUCGCGCCUCCAGGACGGAGAAUACAGCCUGGGCUGUUUGGUCGGAGGCGCCUAUACUUAUGGUGGCGGGAGUUCCGCGGCCGGGACAGGGGCCGCGAGCGCGGGAGCCUAUGGUGCUGGCAGUACCGGCGGCCCGGGCGGCCCAUCUGGCAGUGGCGGCGGCGCCUGCAGCAUGGGUCCACUGGCCGGCUCCUACAACAUGAACAUGGCCUUGGCGGGCGGCCCUGGCCCUGGUGGCGGUGGCGGCGGCAGCAGCGGUGGCGGAGGAUCGCUGAGCGCUGCGGGAGUGAUCCGGGUGCCAGCGCACAGGCCACUAGCCGGAGCCAUGACCCACACCCAGCCCCUGGCCACUGGCUUGCCCACCGUGCCCUCUGUGCCUGCGGUGCCGGGCGUCAACAACCUCACUGGCCUCACCUUCCCCUGGAUGGAAAGUAAUCGCAGAUACACAAAGGACAGGUUCACAGGUCACCCCUAUCAGAACCGGACGCCCCCCAAGAAGAAGAAGCCGCGCACAUCCUUCACGCGCCUGCAGAUCUGCGAGCUGGAGAAGCGUUUCCACCGCCAGAAGUACCUGGCCUCAGCCGAGCGUGCCGCCCUGGCUAAGGCGCUUAAAAUGACCGACGCGCAGGUCAAAACCUGGUUCCAGAACCGGCGGACGAAGUGGAGACGGCAGACUGCGGAGGAGCGAGAGGCGGAGAGGCAGCAGGCAAACCGCAUCCUUCUGCAGCUGCAGCAGGAGGCAUUCCAGAAGAGCCUGGCACAGCCACUGCCCGCCGACCCACUGUGUGUGCACAAUUCUUCGCUCUUCGCCCUGCAGAAUCUGCAGCCAUGGUCUGACGACUCGACUAAGAUCACUAGUGUCACAUCUGUGGCGUCAGCCUGUGAGUGAGCCCGCCCGCUCUGCCUUGCAGGACCUCAGACCUAGUCAGGGGUCUCCAAAGCCUGAGAGCCAAGACUCUUCCCUACCCCUCCUGCCUUGGACUGACUGCAUGAGGGAGGGGAACACCGCAGCUCUCAUAUAGGCCUGAGCACUGGUGCCCGCUGACACUUUUCUCUUUGGUGAAAGAGGGCUCAGGAUAGGGACCUUCGAUCCCCACCUAGCCACCUAUGUGUCCAGCUGGAACUGUUAAUCUUCUUAGUUUUUAUCUAUUUCAUUUUAACUUUUAAUGUGGGACCAAAAGAGAGGCAAAGGAUGUUGGGGAGGAAGAGUUUCUUGGGUCCCUGGGGCUGCCAUCUGAACUUUCCCUGGGAAACUCCCUCUCUGUGUUCCACUUCUCAUCACACACAGACACCCGUAGGCCCACACAAAGGCAAUACAUGUCGCCAUCCCUCCUGGUGUCACUCCAGAACCACAUGGGGAUCUACGGCAAAGUGUCAUGCACACACAGUGUCUGACCCUCACGAUCAGACAUGGGCAGGAGCGAUCCACCCAGAUUCAUUCAGAAUAGCAUGGCACUGGUCCCUCACACACAAAUACAAGGCCAUGGCCACAUUGUUACAUGCCACCACUAUCACCCCCACACAGGACAGCCACAACAGCCUCAUUUAGCCUGCCAGGAUCCUAUGAUACGUCCUUCCUGCACCAGGUACCCAGGUGUGUGUGUUGUUUUUCACACAACCCAUUGCUCCAGAUCCUGUUUGAGGGGGAGGGCUAAGUUAUGCACUUAUAAGGUGUUUUCUGUGUAACCAUUUUAUAAAGUGCUUGUGUAAUUUAUGUGGAAAAUAAUAAAACCCUCCGGAUCCGGAGUCAGGGCUGCCUGCUCCUUGCUGAG